AGUGAAGUUCGUGGCAGCGCAUAAAAUUCAGCAGGAAGGAAAACCACCACCGCCGCCCCACUAAAAGCACAACAACGACCAUUUAAAGAGCCAAAAAUAAAGGAAAACAAAUCCUCAACCACAACAAAGACAAACUGAUUUUCGGUGCAUUGCUCUGCGAUUCGCGUGGCAGUAGGAAUCCAAUCCUCUUUCGUGUGCAGUGAAGCGCGGCCUUUAUUUUCGACACUUUCAAGCUCCCCAGUCCCCCACUCCGCCCCCACGAAAACAUCGAGAGUGUGCUGUUAGCGUUGCCCCAUCGUCAGGAAACCAUACAGCCACACAGAGGAGGACAGGUCGGGUGGACAACGCGUGAGAUGUUCAUUGCAGCAGCCGCCUGGAGCUGCACUGCUGCUUCAUGGCGCCUGCUGAGCGCCGGGCUGCUAGCCCUCUCCCUGCUCCAACUGGCCGUUGAGACGGGUGCCGGAUCGAGCGGCGGAUUGGGCAAUCAGGCCGUGUUCACUAGCUCGUUCCUGGUGCGCUUCCGGCGCAACGUUGACAAUGACUUCGCCCACCAGGUGGCCGACAAAUAUGGCUUCGACAAUCUGGGGCCGCUGGUCGGCGCCGACGGACACGAGUAUCAUUUCAAGCACCGGACCCUGCCGCAUGCCCGCUCCAGACGCAGUUUGACGCACACGCGUGCCCUCAAGAGCCAUCCCUCGGUACACACGGCUGUGCAACAACCCGGAUUCAAGCGCGUCAAGCGGGGACUGCGACCGGCAGUGCCUGCCAUUCAUGGCAUGAAAUUCGAUUUGAAGCAGGGGGAGGCCAACCGCAUCGAGGAGGAGCCCACGGACCCCUACUUCCCCAUGCAAUGGUACCUGAAGAACACCGGCCAGAACGGGGGCAAGGUGCGACUCGACCUGAAUGUGCAGGCGGCCUGGGCCCAGGGCAUAACCGGAAAGAAUGUGACCACGGCAAUCAUGGAUGAUGGCGUGGACUACAUGCAUCCGGACCUGAAAUUUAAUUAUAAUGCCGAGGCCAGCUAUGACUUCAGCAGCAAUGAUCCCUUUCCCUACCCACGUUACACUGACGACUGGUUUAACAGUCAUGGAACCCGUUGUGCCGGCGAGGUGGCUGCUGCCAGAGAUAAUGGAAUUUGCGGUGUCGGCGUUGCUUAUGACAGCAAAAUCGCAGGCAUACGCAUGCUGGAUCAGCCGUAUAUGACGGAUCUAAUCGAGGCCAACUCCAUGGGCCAUGAGCCGCACAAAAUCCACAUCUACAGCGCCUCCUGGGGCCCCACGGACGAUGGCAAAACGGUCGACGGUCCCCGGAAUGCCACCAUGAGGGCGAUUGUCCAGGGCGUCAAUGAGGGUCGAAAUGGUCUGGGCAACAUCUAUGUCUGGGCAUCGGGCGAUGGCGGCGAGGAGGACGACUGCAACUGUGAUGGCUAUGCCGCCUCCAUGUGGACGAUUUCCAUUAACAGCGCCAUUAACGACGGCCAGAACGCUCACUACGACGAGAGCUGCAGCUCCACGCUGGCAUCCACGUUCAGCAACGGUGCCAAGGACCCCAACACGGGCGUUGCCACCACUGACCUGUACGGCAAGUGUACGACCACUCACUCGGGCACCAGUGCGGCGGCGCCCGAAGCAGCGGGCGUCUUUGCUUUGGCCUUGGAGGCAAACCCACAACUCACUUGGCGCGACAUCCAGCAUCUGACGGUACUGACAUCGAAGCGCAACUCUCUGUUCGAUGCCAAGAACCGCUUCCACUGGACAAUGAACGGCGUGGGCCUGGAGUUCAACCACCUCUUCGGGUUCGGCGUGCUCGAUGCUGGUGCCAUGGUGACGCUCUCCAAGCAAUGGCAUGCAGUGCCACCGCGCUACCAUUGCGAGGCGGGCGCGAUAACCCAAUCGCAGGCAAUUAUCAUGGGUCGCUCACUGUUCUGGGACAUUAAGACCGAUGCCUGCAAGGGCACUGACACGGAGGUCAACUACUUGGAGCACGUUCAGGCUGUGAUCUCGGCGAAUUCUUCGCGACGCGGCGACCUGGAACUCUUCCUUACAUCCCCCAUGGGCACCAAAUCAAUGAUCCUGUCGCGUCGCGCCAAUGAUGAUGACCAUCGCGAUGGCUUCACCAAGUGGCCCUUCAUGACCACUCAUUCCUGGGGCGAGUAUCCGCAGGGAACCUGGAAGCUAGAGGCACGUUUCAAUUCCCCUCAAACCCGACAUGGUAAUCUGCUGGAAUGGUCUCUCGUGCUGCAUGGCACCAAGGAGGCGCCCUAUCGCACUCUGCACCCAUCCUCGCCGCACUCGAAGCUGGCCAUCGUGAAGAAGGCCCACGAGGACAAGAAGAUGAAGUAGGGUGGGUCUCCAUCCGCCAGGUCCGUAGCGACUACCAUUAGGCAGCUUGGCGUUUUAUCAACGAGUGUAGAGAGAGAGAGAGAGAGCGAGGUUCAAUAAAAGUGCUGGCUGUGUUUUAUU